AUGGAAGAUAGAUUCCCUCAUAGUCCACAUGAUCCCCUGCCUAUUUCCUGCAUGAUUUGGAAUGUCCAAGGGGCAGGUAGUAAAGCUUUUUUGAAAGCUCUAAAAGAAUUAGUUAAAGGUCAUAAACCUAAUGUUUUAGUGCUAGUUGAAACUCAUAUGGGAGGUGCUCAAGCAGACAAAAUAGCCUCCAUACUUAAGUUUACUGGCCAUACUAGUGUGGAUGCCGUAGGUUUCUCGGGUGGAAUUUGGGUAUAUUGGAUGAAAGAGCUUGUCACAAUUGACCCUAUUCAUAAGCAUGAUCAGUAUAUCACUAUGCUGAUUUCUAGAGUUGGUGCCCUCCCUUGGUAUUUUUCCGCCAUAUAUGCAAGUCCUGACCCCUCGAAACGUCAAGUGUUAUGGCAAGAACUUCGGGAUUUUGCGGCAAAUAACAAUAAACCUUGGUUGCUCGCUGGCGACUUUAAUGAAACAAGGUUUCCCUCGGAACGGAGUAGUUCCUGUCGCGAAACUACAAGACGCUCUCAUGAAUUCAAUGCUUGGAUUGAUGAUCUCCAGUUAUUAGAGAUCGAAUUUUCUGGAGCCUCGCACACUUGGGCGAGGGGUCGUUCUCCGAAAACAAGACAAAGUGCUCGUUUAGACCGGGCUCUUUGUAAUGGCUCUUGGAGUAUGCAGUUUGAUAGGGCUAAAUUGCGCCACUUACCCGCGAUUCAAUCUGAUCAUAGCCCGUCAUUCAUAUCACCGAAUGGGUUUGCACCUGUACAGGAAAUUAAUCGCCCUUUCAAAUUUCAGGCUACAUGGCUUACCCAUGAAAACUUCCAGGAAUUUGUGAAAGAUAAGUGGAAUCCGGAUAGUCCCUUAAUCCCCUCGUUGGAAAAACUAGCGCAUGAUCUGAAAAAUUGGAAUAAGGAAGUAUGGCGUAACUCUAUAACCACUAUCCAGGAUGAUUCGGGUCAUUGGCUGCAUGAUAAAGCUCAAGUCAAAUCGCUCUUUGUGGACUAUUUUACUAAUCUGUUUACGGAAGAAGGGGGGGCUGACUUGCAGGCGGUCCCGCGGGACAUCUUUCCCGAGCUUCAUCACAGUGAUUGGGCGAGCUUAUGUCAACCGUUUGUCACGACUGAGAUUGAUAUUGUGGUCCAAAAUAUGAGCUCUCUCAAGGCCCCGGGUCCGGACGGUUUCCAGGCUCUCUUUUACCAAAAAAAUUGGGAGCUUGUUGCAAAAAAUGUGUACAAUAUGGUCAUGGCGGCUUUACAAGGUAAGGGACUUCCGGCUGGCUUGAAUGACACUUUUAUUGCCCUUAUCCCGAAGGUGGAGCACCCUGAAAAAGCAGCGCAGUUUCGGCCUAUCGGCCUUUGUAAUGUUGGUUACAAAAUCAUAACGAAGGUCAUUGUUAAUCGAUUGAAACCUAUCCUCCCUAAACUAAUAUCCAAUACUCAAUCAAGUUUUGUACCGGGGCGACAAAUAACAGACAAUAUCGUAAUAAUGCAAGAAGUGCUUCAUACAAUGCGUCGCAAGCAAGGAACUAAAGGUUACAUGGCCAUUAAAAUUGAUUUUGAAAAGGCUUAUGAUCGACUUCGAUGGUCGUUUAUUCGGGACACUUUACUUCAGAUGAACCUCCCUCUGCUGCUUAUUAAUAUAAUCAUGGAAUGUGUUACCUCUGCGUCGCUUCAGGUUCUUUGGAAUGGAGAGCCUACCGAGAAAUUCCAGCCAACGAGGGGUAUACGACAAGGAGACCCUCUUUCACCAUAUUUGUUCGUUAUGUGUAUGGAGCGGCUGUUUCAAACCAUAGAAGAGGCUAUUGUGGAGAAUCGGUGGAAACCUAUCUAUGCUAGCAGGAAUGGGCCGAAAUUAUCCAAUCUAUUUUUUGCUGAUGACAUUGUUUUAUUUGCUGAGGCCUCGCAAGACCAAGCUCAAGUUGUUCAUGACUGCCUUCGACGGUUUUGUUUAGCAUCGGGACAAAAAAUCAGUCUCCCGAAGUCUCGAGUGUACUUCUCGAAAAAUGUGGAUAGGGAGACUCAGAGCAUUAUAAGCAGGGCUCUCGAUAUUGAAGCUACUGAGGAUUUGGGUCUCUAUUUGGGCAUGCCCACACUCACUAGCGCAGUUACUAAGGAAAAAUUUCAAUAUAUUUGUGAAAGGAUUGAUCGGAAACUCAUGGGGUGGAAAACUAAAUAUCUAUCUCUUGUGGGUCGCAUCACACUUGCUAAGUCCACUUUGACAACGCUGGCUAACUACCCUAUGCAGGUCACAAAAUUACCUCGUUCUAUUUGUGAUGAGGUGGAUAAAAAAGUUCGCAAAUUUAUCUGGGGGGGAUCAGACGAGAAGCAAGGGGUUCACCUCAUUGCAUGGGAAAAUCUCCAAAAAAGAUACGAGCAAGGUGGACUUUCGAUCCCUUCUGCGAGACAGGCCAACUCGGCAUUCCUUACUAAACUGGGGUGGAGGAUUCUUACGGAACCCAAUGCAUUAUGGGCUCGAGUACUUCGUGCAAAAUAUUGUCAUGGGCGAUGUGAUGUGGAUAUGUUUGUACCUAAAGCUGGGAUGUCUCAUGUCUGGAGGGGUAUAACGGAGAAUUCAAAAAUUCUAUGUGAAGGUCUUCAGGUGGCGGUGGGAAAUGGUCGCUCCACUCUUUUUUGGGACCAUCGCUGGGCCACGCCACAGCCGCUUAUUGACCUCGCUUCCUCCCCGGUGCCGGAUGAACUACUAGGGAAUACGGUGGAAGAAAUGUGGGAAGUGGGUCAGGGCUGGAAAUGGGAUCUUUUCGGUCCAUAUUUACAUCAAGAUGUGCUGCGAAGAAUCCAUUCCUUUGCGAUUAAAGAAGAUACGGAUAUUGGAGAUCUUCUUUACUGGCGAGACGGGAAAAAGGGCAAAUUCACCAUUAAGUCUGCCCUUUGUUUAAUGAGGAAUGAAUCUGAUUUAAUUGACGAUAAUUGUUGGAAACUUGUUUGGAGUGCUCCGGUUCAGCAGCGCAUUCGAGCCUUUUUAUGGCUUGUGUGUCAUGACCGAUUGCUGGGUAAUGCAACUCGCUUUAAGCGUCGAAUGACUGAUGAUCCUAAAUGCUUUGUAUGCGGUGCAGAUGAAGAAACCACACUACAUAUGUUAAGAGACUGCCCUCUAGCUCGUAUGGUGUGGAAACUACUUGGAGGACCUGCUGCCUCGCGGGAUUUUUACGUGAAAACAUUGAAGAAUUGGGUGACUUCGAACCUCGACCAUCAAGACAGCACAGAUUAUCCAAUUUGGGCCACUCUUUUUUGUCUCUCCAUUUGGUGGAUUUGGAAAUGGCGCAACUGCAUUGUUUUUGGCAGAAAUAACGAAGUCCCUCAAGAUAUUGGUGGGUUUUUGCAGGUUCGCUAUGACGAGACUCGUAGGAGUAUUGAGAGGGCACUGGGCUUUACUUCUUCGGGUGUGGCAAUUCGUCGAGAGAUGAUUGGGGUCAGGUGGAGGCAUCCCCCGAUGGAUUUCUAUGUGCUCAACACAGAUGGUGCUGCUAAGGGGGCUCCCGGUCUUGCUGGUGGGGGCGCGAUUAUUCGGGACCACCGGGGAGGAUUCGUAUCAGCUUUAUCCCUUAAUUUUGGUAUCUGCAGCUCCUUUAAGGCGGAGGUGAUGGCCUUGAGCAAAGGUUUGGAGUUAGCUAAAGAGCUCCAAAUUGCCCAACUCCAGAUUCAAUUGGACAACCUAGCGUGUGUCCAGAUGCUAAAGGCGGGAGAUAGUGGGCGCAAUGAAUGUACGCAUAUUAUGAAUCAUUGUCUUCAACUGAUCCAACAUGAGGGAUGGAUUGUGCACGUGGAACAUGUUUAUCGUGAAGGAAACAAGGCUGCUGAUUGGCUUGCUAAUCUUGGAGUGAACCAACUCCUCCCUAUUUCUGUUUUUUCGUCUGCUCCUAGGGGUCUUAGUAGUAUCUUAGAUGAGGAUUUGAGGGGAGUUGCAACUCCUCGGUCUGUUCCUCCGUAG